UCAGAUAUAACAUACUUGUAAAACUUUUCUGAUAUUUUACGUGAUAAAAUAUAUUACACAGUACAUGUUUUGUGUAAAAUAAACACACAUAAAAUGACUUAACUAAAGAAAAAUAUGGAUCAAUGUUUCUUUCUACGCGUGGGAGUAUGAGGAUGAAGUAAUUGAAGAAUCGGAACGAAAGAAAUUAUACGGUACGGUUAUAUUUUGGCAAAAUGAUUGAUAUUUCAAUUGUGGAAGGUGUAUUGGAGAAGAUACAGAAAAAGAGAUGUUUUCGAAACGAAAGCGACGGUCGGUAAAACCUAAAGGGAGCAGGCGUGGACUGCGAGUUCGAGUCGGGCGUGGGGAUGAACUCUACGGGGAAUGCGAGAGGGAGGAGGACUAGGGCGCUUCCUGUGGUUGGCACUAGCCUAAAAAAGCUCCAUAAACAGAAUCGUGGCCGAAUGUCUUUUCAAUGCAACGAAAAUGGUGAAGUGUGGGAAAAAGUGGGCAUUGAGUAAAGGCUUCGACAGCUCGAACCAUGACAGAGGCGUCAGAGGAUGGUAACUAUUUGGUGAGGGUUCGUGCCCAGGUAAUGACAAGGGAUGAUAGUUCAGGUGGUUGGGUUCCUCUAAGUGGCGGUGGUUUAGCAAAUGUUUCGGUUAGACGAAGACCAACUUCUUCAGGUGGACAUCAGUCUAAUAAUACCAAUGCAUCUGGUAUUUCUACUACGACUGUCUCUAUUACUAGCAGUAUACAACCUGUAUCAACUACAAGUGUUACUAAUACCCAAAGUCAUGGAUCUUCUAACAGUUCUCCACCUGGUGCAACUGAGAAGAUGCAUGAGUACCUUAUUUAUGGGAAACGCAUCACUGAUCAAUCAGUUGUUCUUAGCUGUACAAUUAAAAAAGAUUUCGAAUAUAAUAAGGUAAUGCCAACUUUCCAUCACUGGAGGACAGGAGAAAAAAAGUUUGGAUUAACAUUUCAAACAGCUGCAGAUGCAAGAGCUUUUGAUAAAGGUGUUCGUACAGCUGUUGAAGAAUUGCUAGAAGAAUGUACAAAUGGGUUGACCAAUACAACAUUAUAUGGCAACUCGUUAGAUGUUGGGGAUGAAGAUGUUUUUAUGACUUUAAAUUUACCUGUGGAACCACCAGAACCACGUCCCUCAUCGGAUACACCUCAUGGAAUAGUACGAGUGUCCAAUUAUCAUUCCCAGUGUUCAGAUCUUCCUGAUUCACAUAAACCUAUUCAUUAUAUUGGUGGACCAUCUAUAAAAGUGCCACCAUCUCAGCAUCCUUUGGCAUCAACUGAAGAUGUUGGUUCAGAUAGCUACUCUUAUGUGCAGCUCACAACGCUUAAUCAUGAAUAUUUAUAUCCCAUCAUCGGUGAUCAUAAAGGAGACCGAUUAAAUAGACAUAAUACCGGCAGUUCUUUGAAGAAACCAGAUAUUAUAGUAUCCCAACCUUCUAAGAAUACUAUGAAACGUAAUAUCCGAUUACGAUGUAAACAUUGCCAAGAGCUGUACACAGAGCAGCACAAUCCUAGGGGGUCUUGUGAAUACGCACCUGAUCCUAUUAGACGAGGAAUCGCAAAAAUUUCGUGUCUGUCUUGUGCUCAGGGUAUGUUAUACCACUGUAUGAGUGAUGCUGAAGGUGAUUUUACCCAAAAUCCUUGCAGUUGUAGUACAGAAGAAGGAUGUGGACGCAGAUGGUUUGGUUUGGCAUUAUUAUCACUGAUCGUUCCUUGCUUGUGGAUUUAUCCUCCACUAAGAGCUGUUCAUUGGUGUGGCACGUCCUGUGGAAUGUGUGGAGGACGUCACCAUCCGAUGGAAUAACUGGAGGAACCCUUUGAUAUCUCUGCUUCAUACUCAGUUGAAUCAACUAACUUUUCUUCAUCACGCGGUGCUGUGGCUAAUGUGUAUGAAUGUCAUGAUCUGAGUAUGGGCCGUUGUCAGAGGUAUCAAAGGGGUAGACAACUUCCAGUACAUGCACUUAUCCAUCAGCGUCAUCUCUGAAAUAAUUUGUUUUUAAAAAAGAAACAAAAAAAUAGGAGCGAAAAUUAUCGCAUUUAGCCCUGAGAUCAUGUAUAUUCCAUACAUUUUGUAUAUUUUAUUAGCAAAUGCAUUAUUUAGACACAUCUGUACAUUAACAAUUUGAGAAUGGACGUCGUUUAGUAUUUACUCUGAAUGAUUGGUCCAUAAUAAUAUUAUCUGGACUGACCAAGUAUUUGUGAUACAUGGUGCACACUGUGAGAAUUCAGUCAAGAAACGAAAUGUAAUUCGUUAUUCCCAGUUUGAAAGCUAGUUUUCGUCUCGUAUAAAAACGAUAAAGAAAAUGUUUGCUGUAUUAUAAGAUUAAAUUCUGCUGCUAUUAUCGAGAAAGAGAAUUAGACAGAAAUAAAUUAAGUUUUUAUUUUAUUAUAAAUAAAUUAAAGAUAUUAUUUAUUAAUUUGUAUUUUGUAUUGUAUUUCGAAUUUCAUGAAAAAAAUUAAAAAUAAUGUGUAAAAUUUUAUACACAAGAAAUUAUACACAUUACUUAAAUUAGCUUUAUUUUUCUUUUUUUUGUUUUUAAAGUAAGAUUUUGUAUAUUUUUUGUAUAUCUGAAUCCAAUAUUGCCAAUAUUGACAAAUUUGUUUUUUUGGCAUUUUAUAUAAUUUUAUUAGAAAAAGUAAUUUGAAUCAAAUUCAAUUUAUUUUUAUUCAAGUACAGAUUUUGAAUCUCUUUUGGUAAUUAGCACAAACUGGUUGGUAAAAGCUAGUUGCACUUUCACAAAUAUGUAUUGAAAUUAAUGACUAAAAAUUGUAUCAUGUUUUAUAAAGAAAUUAUACGAUCAUUCGGGAAUGAUUGUGAAUAUAUGUAGUAGAAUAUAAUUUUGUUUAUAUAUCACUAACAUGCAAUUCUGUUCUUAAGGACCUUUUGUAUUGUGCUCUUUGUAUUUACAAAAUAUUAAUAUUUAUAUAAACUACAUAGUCAGUUAUCUGUUAAAUGGAACUUCUUACGCUACUAUGUUGGCACAGUGUUAAAUGCUAAAUAAUAUCAGUAUUUACUAUUUACUAGCAUAGUACUUUUAGUACUACCAAUUUUAUUGUUACUUCAUGCACAAUGAAAAUAAGUAUAAGAAACAUUAAGUACAUAUAUUGUCAGUUUGAGGCUUAUUAUGUAUAUUGGAAUAUAUUUUCAGUUUAAAACUAACUAUAUCUAUAUUGAAGGAUAGUAAACUUGGUUUGCAUAAAAUAGAUUGUUUACAGAAACGUGAAACUUUCUAUUUUAUAGUGUAUUAUAGUUCUUUAAGAUACCUAUACAUACAUGUAUAUGGCAUUUUUUAAAAGAUUCUGAUUUAUUGUAUUAUUUGCAUACCUAAUUAUUUUUUUAACUACAUUAGUAAUUAGGAGGUAAUUCGUUUCAUUCUAUAUAUUUUACAAUAAUUGAAUGAUAUGAAUAUAUCAUUGUUGCAUAUUUAGGAGAGUAAGAUAUUUUUAAAAGAAGGUCGUGGUUGGUUUUUAGCAAUAAUUCCGCUUAUCGAUGAUCUGAUUAUGUAUGCUUUAUAAAUAAUUGGCUUUAUAAACCAUAAUGUGUGGUUUUAAAGGUUUAUUUGUUUUAAGAAUCCAUAUUUUGUAUUCAAAUUUUAGUUGACAAAGAAUUAAUUCUGAUCUCAUUAAAUUGCUAUAAAUCUUUAAGCGCAACACAAAAGCGUAGUUGUUUUCUGGUUCAUACUACAUAAUUAUAAAUGGUAAUGCAAAAAAACUAAUAAUUUAAAAUUGAAGCUUCUAAAGUGACACGAUAGAUAGAAUCAAUGAACAUGAUCUAAAUGUUGUAGGGUGUUUUUACAUCAUUUUUGAAAUACAAUUUCUAAUACAUAUGCGAUAAAGUCAGAUGCUGCUUUGGAAUAACAAAGUAAAUUAAUUACUAAAUGGCUUGAUUAAUAAGACUUUUGCAAACACACUUAAUUAAUUUAAAAGGAGAAAUAUGUAUUUUAAAAACAUACAUAAAGAGAAGAAUUCAUUAUUAUUGUUUAAUAAGUUUCA